AUGCCUGAGCUUAAGAAUAGAAGGUCAGCCUACAAAGGUCAGCUUACCUCUAUCAAAAAGGACUUGGAUGCCAUCAGCCGUGAUCCAGACAAGCUAAAUUACACAGAUAGUGCUGAGUUACUAUUUGCUUCUCGCUACACCCUCAACGAGAUUGAAAAAAAUUAUUCUGAAGUGCAACAUCAAAUCCUCGAAUUAACUACUGAUGAAAGUAAGAAAAAACAAGAGGAACAGGAUAUGGGUUUCUUUCUCGGAGAAAUUCAAGCAGCUAGAGCCAAGAUCAGCUCAUUUCUUGGAAAGAUUGACGCUAAAAGAUUGUCUACUCCAUCGUCUUCAGGAGGAGGGACUAAUGAACUGGCUGAGAUCCUGAAAAUGAUGUCUGGUCAAAUGGAAGAACAAAAAAAGCAGCGAGAACAUGAGCAAGCAAAUUUCAUGGCAGUUUUAGAGAACCAACGGAAGGAAUUUACAGAAUUAUUGAAGUCAGCUGGAGCAACUAAGGUAGUGAUUGAGAAACAGGAGGGAUCAAGUAUCCUUGACACUACCGUUGGAGGUUCUACGAAUCACAAGAAGCUGGAGUCAAUAAAGAUUCGUCCUUUUAACGGCAAUUUUUCGGAGUGGCCGACGUUUAAGGAUCUCUUCAUGUCUCUUGUGGAUGAAGAUAACUCUCUGAAGCCCGCCGAAAAGAUGCAAUAUCUUAAGACGUAUAUUACUGGCGAUGCGCAGCCUAUUAUUGACACUCUCAAAGUCUGUGAUGAGAAUUACAAAGUGGCAUGGGAUUUACUCGUCAAGGAAUUUGACAGAACACCCUUAAUUGUUGCCUCUUAUGUCAAAGAUUUCUAUGCUCUAUCAGGAUCUUCCAUUGCUACAGUGCAAUCAAUACAGUCCAUUCAACGAAAAGCUAAUGCAAUAGUACGAGCACUGGACGCUUUGGAUGUGACGAAUAGAGAUCCAUUUCUUAUUUAUUCUGUGCUUCAUAAACUGGACGAUGAAACUCAAGCAGAGUGGGCCAAGGUAGUUGGAAAGAAUCAACCCACUUGGGAAAAGUUCAACGACUUUCUAGCUGGCAGAAGUUAUCAACUGAGGAUGUGCCAAUCAGAGCCCCCCAAGAUUACCAAGGCUGCCCCUCCUCAGAAAACUCAAUCUGGAAAGAAGUUGAAGACCAAAGCCACCAGCUGGAACGUCACUGAAGCCCAAAAGUGCGAAUUUUGUGAGCAAAGUCCACACAAAUUGUUCCGAUGCAGGAAGUUUCUGGGAUUGGAUGGGGCUGGCAGGCUUGCCGCUGUCAAACAACUCAAGAUUUGUGAAAAUUGUUUAUCGGACUCUCAUAAGGUGGAACACUGCUCUUAUUCAUUGAAUUUGCAAAACAUACCAUCUACUUCUGGAAAUCGUGGAUUUGGGGGAUUUGGACCUGCAAGCGGACUUGGAGCUGCAAAUUCCGCUGCAUUGGUGUGCAAAGACAACACUGUGAAGUCUUCAAAGGUUCUAUUGGCAACAGUCAUAGUGAAAAUUCUGGAUGCAGGCGGUGAAGAACAUUUCUGUAGAGCCAUGCUUGAUUCUGGCUCUCAAGUAAAUUUAAUCUCCACCCGACUUUGCCAGCUUCUAAAACUGAAGAUGAAAUCAGCUAAAUUUUUGGUUGAAACUGUGGGAAAUUCUGUCCAUUCAUCGCAAUACCAAACAGAUGUCACGAUUCGACCAUGGAUGAAUACUUCCAAUCAAGCGAUCCCGAUCAACUGUCUGGUGAUGAAGAACAUAACGGGUGAUCAGCCAAAUUGGGAUGUCAAAUCGCUGAAAAUCACCAUUCCAAACACAUUUACUCUGGCUGAUCCAAACUGGAGUGAGAGUCAGCCUGUGGAUCUCCUUAUCGGUGGUCAACAUUAUUGGGGUAUUGUACGAGACGAAACUCAUUUUCUGGGUCCAGGACUACCACUUAUGAAGAAUACUCUAUUUGGAUGGGUCAUCGUGGAUCCCUGUGACAGAAAUGGGGAGAGUUCCAAUGUUGUCUCAUGCAAUCUGGCCGCUCUGGAGACCUGUGAGAAAGCACUCAAGAGAUUCUUCGCAAUUGAGGAUGUUCCAAGCCAUGCUUCUACCACUGAGGAACACAAAAGGGUCGAAGAAAUCUAUUGUACAACAACUACUCGAGACGCUGAGGGUCGUUUUGAAGUAGAUCUACCACUUAAACCCAAUGUAGAAAAUUUGGAAUCAAAUCGCUCAAAUGCUCUUCGUCAGCUACACUUCUUGAUGACCAGGCUUAGAAAGAAUCCGGAUCUCUGGGAGCAGUAUGCUCGGAUCUUCGAGGAGUAUUUGGAGAAGGAGUACAUUGAGGUUAUCCCAUACAAUGAAUUGGAGCGGAAAUCCUAUUACAUGCCACAUCAUUGUGUCGUAAAGGCAGAGGCACUGUCCACAAAAGUAAGGAUUGUGUUCAACGCAAGCUCUCCAUCUUCAUCUGGACUGAGCUUAAACGAUGUGUUGAUGACUGGUCCGGUCGUACAGCCUUCCUCGAUGGCAGUUCUUCUAAAUUUCCGACUCCAACCUGUGACUUUCACAUGUGACAUCGUGAAGAUGUACUUGCAAACAACGGUUCACGAACAAUAUAGAAAUUUCUUAAGGUUUCUGUGGACUACAUCUUCCGACAACAUAGUGAAAGAUUUUCGCUUUAAAAGAGUCUGCUUCGGAGUAUCAUCGUCUCCAUUCUUGGCCACCCGCUCACUAAACCAAUUGACCAAAGAAGAAGGACAAAAAUAUCCGUUAGCAGCCCAGGUCGUAUUGAAGCACUUCUACGUAGAUGACUGUCUUUAUAUUGCAUCAACAGUAGAGCAGGCAAAGGAAGUGCGAGACCAACUUAUCAAUUUGCUGAGGUUGGCGAGACUCGAGCUCUCCAAAUUUCGAUCAAAUCAUCCAGAUCUCCAAUCCGACAUAGCUGAAGAACAACAUGAUUUUCAAGAAUUUGACGAGCAAGUCGUGAAGACUCUGGGGAUGACUCUGAGCGUAGCAGAGGAUACCUUCCAAUACAAAGUAGCUGAAAUCACUGAUGGCCCUGGCACACUUCGAAUAUUGAUGUCUACAAUUGCAAGGAUCUUUGAUCCACUUGGACUUGUCGCGCCAGUGACCAUAGUGGCCAAAAUGCUUCUGCAAGACGUUUGGAAAUUCUGGAAGGAGACAGAGAGUGCCAUUAAUUUCGACCAACCCGUAGAGAGUGAAAUAGAAGAGAAGUGGGUCGCCUUCUUGCCACACAUUGAACAACUGAGGAUUCCUAGAUGGGCAUCAACCCUGGUGGAUGUGAUUCGUCGUGAGUUACAUUGUUUCUGCGACGCUAGUAAGCUGGCUCAUGGUGCAUGUGUUUAUCUCGUGACGGAGGAUGCAAAUGGUGCUAGAAGUUCGAGACUACUCAUCGCCAAAACCAUAGUGAACCCCAUGAAGUUUCGUGAUCAAGCUGAACUCACAAUGCCGAAGGCUGAGUUGUGUGCAGCGGAGCUGGCCGCCAAUCUUCUGAAAGGUGUUGUCAGCAGCAUGGAAAUCACACAGAGUUACCUGUGGACAGAUAACACUGUAGUGCUGUACCAAAUACACAACUCAUCCCGGAAGCGAGAAGCCUUUGUGAAAAGCCGGAUCGAGUCAAUAUUGAAGAUAACGAAAGACCAUCAGUGGAGACAUGUGGGCACUAAGGAGAAUCCAGCGGAUUUGGCGUCCAGGGGAACGACACCACAAGCAUUAGAGGAUUCGGAACUGUGGUGGAAUGGGCCGAAUUGA